AUGAGUACUAAAAUUUUGUUGUUAUUACAUCCCACAGUUGUAACCGAUCAACAUUUAGUAGAAUCAAUUAAAAACGAUAUACAAAAAUCACAUCAAAAUGAUAACUACAUAAUAGAUCAACAGAUAAUAAAUCGUAUAACUCAAGGUGAUAUUAUACUAGACAAUAAUUCAUAUAAUGAAAUAAUAUAUAUAAAUCCAAAUGAUACACAAUAUAAAGAAAUGCCAAUUCUGUUAAUUAAAUUAUUUUUUGAUUUAUUAGUAGAUAACGGAAUAUUAAAGGGUGAUUUACCAACUGAUCAAAAUUUAGAUGUAUUAAUGGAAGGAUUUAUAAUACAAGAGGAUGGAUCUUGGUUAAAACCUAAACCAGUAACCGAAACAAUAACUUUAAAAAGAAAGAUACCAACUAAUACAACCUCCACAAAUUCAAAUUAUACACAUUUAAAUAAAGAACAAUCAACUUCAACAAAUAAACCAUUACCUAAAUUUAAAAAAUUAACUGAUAGAUUAUCAUCCCCUCCACCACCAGGAUUAACAGAUAGUUCAGCACCAAAUACAGAUGAAGAAAAUGAAAUUGGAAAUGGAGGAAUGAAAAGAAAAUUAAUAGAUACAAAAUUAACUUAUUUUAGUGAUUCAUCAGAUGAUGAGGAAGAAACAGAAUUAGAUAAAGAAGACAAAAACAUUUAUAUAAAUGAGGAUGAUUUAAUAUCAAAUAUAAAUAAUGAUAACCUUAUAGUACCUAAGAAAUGUGAAUUACCAAAUGGUAAAAGAAGAAGAAAAGCAUGUAAAGAUUGUACAUGUGGAUUAAAAGAAAUAGAAGAAGAAGAAAAUCAACAACAAUUAAAUUUACAAAAUUCAAUACUUGGUAAAAUGGCAAAGUCAGCUAAUGCAGAAGCUGAAUUAAUUGAAGAAAGAAUUAGGCAAAAAAAGCAACAACUUCGAGAAAAUAAACUUAAAAACUUAACCAUCAAUGGAAAUAACCCAGUAAAAUUCAAAGAAGAAGAUUUAAAUGAAAUUGAUUUUACAGUACAAGGUAAAACUGGAGGUUGUGGAUCAUGUGCAUUAGGUGAUGCUUUUAGAUGUGAUGGAUGUCCUUAUUUAGGUUUACCACCUUUUAAACCUGGUGAAAUUAUAACUUUAGAUGGUAUGGAUGAAGAUAUUUAG